AUGGCAGCGCUUCAAAGUUUUAAAAUUUUCAUGAUGGCGGCAGGCUUUGAAAAAUUAUCAGAGACCAGAAAAGCAGCGAUAUUACUUAAUUGUGUGGGUCAACAAGCUCAAGAAUUAUAUUUUAAUGUAUUAAAAAUGGAAGAAAAACCUAAAUUAGAUGAUGUCAUAAAGGUGCUGGAUAAUUAUUUUGAACCAAAGCAAAAUGAACUCAUUAACAGUUAUAAUUUCAAUAAACGAACGCAUGAUACGGGACAGAAUAGUCAGAAUUUGACUCCGAUUCAAAGAGCAACGGAUACAGCAGAAGCUUCUCGAGGUGAAGGACCUUACGAUGGCCAAAGCAAUGGACAUCUGUCGGUCUGCAGAGCUGUCCAGAGAACAUUUGAAGGUGCUGACCAGUCCGGAGGUUCAUGCAGUUCAAAGAUGUUAAGAGUAGAAAAUAAGAAAGUUUGUUUUAAAUGUGAUACCGGGGCACAAGUAAAUGUAAUUUGGUUAAGUGAUUUGAAGAAAAUAGUCGAUGAUGAUAAACAAAUAAGAUUUUCUGAGACUAAAACAUUAAUAGAGGUCUUUGGUGGGGGUGUGGGAGAGUUUAAGAGUCCGCUGCAGUUGCGCAUUCAACCAGGUGUGGAGCCUGUAGUGAGACCGCCACGAAGAGUGCCUAACGCGCUAAUGAAACGACUCGCUGACAAGUUGGAAGCUCUGGUGAAGCACAAAGUCUUAGCGAAAGUUGAAAACCCAAAAAAAUUUGUGAGUAAUCUGGUGAUCAUUGAAAAGAAAGAUGGUUCUUUAAGCAUAGGUCUUGCACAAAAUUUAGAAUGUUCACCAGAACAAAAAACACAACUAAUUAAAGAAAGUGAAAUUGAUAGGGAAUUGGUAGAAAUAAUAGAAUUUAUUAAAAAUGGAUGGCGUAGUUAUCGGCGUCGGGACGUGACGACCCCACCGCCCGCUGGUGUA